GAAGAAGCGAGGCGGACCUUCCGGCGUUUGAAAAACUUCCGGCGGGAACCGGAAGGUGCGGUGGCACACACAGAAUCUCGGGUCUUCUGACGUGCUGGGCGGGAAGAUGUCAUCAUUGCCAAGAAGAGCGAAAGUACAGGUCCAGGGCGUGGUACUAAAAGAUGAAUUUUCUUCAUUCUCUGAGUUAUCAUCUGCCUCUGAAGAAGAUGACAAGGAAGAUAGUGCCUGGGAGCCCCAAAAGAAAGUUCCCAGAAGCCGUAAACAGCCCCCUCCCAAGGAAUCCAAACCAAAGAGGAUGCCUCAGGUGAAGAAGAAUGCCCCACAGAUCAGUGAUGGCUCAGAAGUCGUUGUUGUUAAGGAGGAGCUGAAUAGCUCUGUGGCUAUUGCUGAUACUGCUUUGGAAGACAGAAAAAAUAAAUUGAAUACUGUACAGACUCUGAAAACAGCCAAGACAAAACGGAAAUGUGCAGCGCAGCCACAUGCAGUUCGAAGGACUAAAAAGCUGAAAGUUGAUGAAGAAACCAGCAAAGCCAGCUACUUAGAGGGUGAGAGUAAUAGUUCAGAGACACCAUCCACAAGCACUGUGUGGGGAGGUACAUGCAAGAAGGAAAAGAAUGACGAUGAGUUUACAUUUGGUCAGUCCCCUUUAAAGAAAAUCAAGACUGAAACGUGUCCUCAGGGGCAGCCUGUCAAGUUUCCGGCAAAUGCCAAUCAUAUUAAAGAGGAGGUGGAAAUGAAUUGGGACAUAGUACAGGUCUUAUCUGAAAGAACUAAUAUUGAACCUUGGGUUUGUGCCAACACCAUUCGUCUCUUUAAUGAUGAUAACACAAUUCCCUUCAUUAUACGUUAUCGAAAAGAGCUCAUUAAUAACCUUGAUGCUGAUUCCUUGAGAGAAGUUCAGCAGACCCUAGAAGAGCUACGGGCUGUUGCAAAGAAAGUUCAUAGUACAAUCCAGAAAAUUAAGAAGGAAGGGAAGAUGUCUGAGUGCUUGUUAAAAGCCAUGCUGAAUUGUAAAACUUUUGAGGAACUAGAACACGUGUCUGCUCCAUAUAAAACUGGGAGCAAAGGGACUAAAGCCCAGAGAGCAAGACAGUUGGGCUUAGAAGGAGCAGCCAGGGCAUUGCUUGAGAAACCAGGGGAGCUCAGUCUGCUAUCAUACAUUAGGCCUGAUGUUAAAGGGCUUUCAACGCUUCAGGAUAUUGAAAUAGGAGUGCAGCAUAUUUUAGCAGACAUGAUUGCUAAAGACAAAGACACACUUGACUUCAUUCGGAACUUGUGCCAGAACAGACACGUUUGUAUCCAGUCAUCUCUGGCAAAAGUGUCCUCAAAAAAGGUAAAUGAGAAAGAUGUUGAUAAGUUUCUGCUCUACCAGCAUUUUUCCUGCAACAUAAGAAACAUUCACCAUCAUCAGAUUCUGGCAAUUAACCGUGGAGAAAAUUUGAAGGUACUGACGGUUAAGGUCAAUAUUUCUGAUGGAGUGAAGGAUGAAUUCUGUAGGUGGUGCAUCCAAAACAGGUGGAGACCACGUAGCUUUGCAAGGCCAGAAUUAAUGAAGAUCUUACGUAAUUCACUGAAUGAUUCCUUUAAACGCCUUAUUUAUCCUCUUCUCUGUAGAGAAUUCAGAGCCAAACUAACAUCAGAUGCAGAGAAGGAAUCAGUAAUGAUGUUUGGACGGAACCUUCGUCAGCUCCUUUUAACAAGCCCUGUUCCAGGGCGCACCUUAAUGGGAGUGGAUCCUGGUUAUAAACAUGGUUGCAAAUUAGCUAUAAUUUCUCCUACUAGUCAGAUACUUCAUACUGAUGUGGUUUACUUGCAUUGUGGACAAGGCUUCCGAGAGGCGGAGAAAAUAAAGAUGCUUUUGCUGAAUUUCAACUGCAGCACAGUAGUGAUUGGAAAUGGAACUGCCUGCCGGGAAACAGAAGCUUACUUUGCUGACCUGAUAAUGAAGAAUUAUUUUGCACCACUGGAUGUUGUUUACUGGCAGGAAGUUUGGAAAGUGAUAUUCCCCUUUUUCUGUCUUCUCAGUAUCGUCAGUGAAGCAGGAGCAUCAAUCUACAGUGUCAGCCCUGAAGCUAACAAAGAGAUGCCAGGGCUGGACCCUAAUUUGAGAAGUGCAGUUUCCAUAGCAAGGCGUGUACAAGAUCCAUUAGCUGAGCUAGUGAAAAUUGAGCCGAAGCACAUUGGAGUUGGAAUGUAUCAGCAUGACGUAUCCCAGACUUUACUCAAGGCAACACUGGACAGUGUUGUAGAAGAAUGUGUCAGCUUUGUGGGAGUGGAUAUUAACAUCUGUUCAGAAGUUUUGUUAAGGCAUAUUGCAGGACUCAAUGCCAACAGGGCCAAAAAUAUUAUUGAAUGGCGAGAGAAAAAUGGACCCUUUAUCAACCGAGAACAGCUGAAGAAAGUGAAAGGGCUGGGCCCAAAAUCCUUCCAACAGUGUGCUGGCUUCAUUAGAAUCAACCAGGAUUAUAUCCAAACAUUUUGCAGUCAGCAAACUGAAACUUCAGGCCAAAUUCAAGGAGUUGCUGUGACAUCUUCAGCAGAUGUUGAGGUCACAAAUGAGAAGCAGGGCAAAAAGAAGAGCAAAACUGUAGCGAAUGUUUUACUGAAGCCAAAUCCUUUGGACAAAACUUGUAUUCAUCCAGAAUCAUAUGACAUAGCAAUGAGGUUUUUAUCAUCCAUUGGAGGGACACUGUAUGAGAUUGGAAAGCCUGAAAUGCAACAAAAAAUAAAUUCAUUCCUUGAAAAGGAAGGAAUGGAGAAAAUUGCAGAAAGAUUGCAAACAACAGUACACACCUUACAGGUCAUCAUAGAUGGUCUCAGCCAGCCUGAAAGCUUUGACUUUCGAACAGAUUUUGAUAAACCUGAUUUUAAGAGAAGCAUAGUAUGCCUGGAAGAUCUGCAGGUUGGGACCGUUCUUACAGGCAAAGUUGAGAAUGCCACUCUCUUUGGAAUUUUCGUGGAUAUAGGAGUGGGGAAAUCUGGGCUGAUUCCCAUACGAAAUGUAACUGAAGCAAAACUUUCAAAAACAAAGAAGAGAAGGAGCCUUGGACUGGGCCCCGGAGAAAGAGUGGAAGUCCAAGUACUCAACAUUGACAUCCCCCGAUCUAGGAUUACUCUGGACCUUAUUCGGGUGUUAUGAGUAUCCCGCAAAGGCCAGACACUGAUUUUAUUUUCUCAUUUCCACAGAUUGACAAGGAUAAGUCAGUUGUUUGUAAACUCUAGGUAGCAGAUGAGAAAUAAUUCACUUAAUAUCAGAAAUAUUUUCCAAACACUUUCCUUUAUUUUUUCUUCUGAAUAAAUAGAAAACCAACAGUUUGAUUUCCUUUCCCCUUAAAGGAAACAACUAAUACACAUUCUUACAUGGCUUUAUGUAGUAAUAGUUUUCUGACUAAAAUUUUGUUUUUUAUUUUUUGUAAUUUAUCUAUAACUCCUUUUGCUUUUUGUAUAACAGAUUGCUUAACUUCUACUUGCCAACAUCUGCCUUGCUGGACUUGUAUGGGAUUGUCUUCUUGAUUUGAAUUGUACAGUCUUUGUUGACACAGUAGGGCUGGGCAGUGUUUAAUCCUUCCAUUUUAUAGAUUUUUUUUUUUUUAAUCUGGCCUUUUGGACUUCAUUCAUAAUUUUGCAAUAAUCUCUUUUCCCUUGUCAUGCAAGCCAGAAAUAUACAGUAAAACAGAUUCUGACGUGUUUGUAGUUAUCAAAUGAAUGGCUCGAAACAUUUCUCAAAAAGAUAUAUGUAUUGACCCCAACAAUAAAUGUUUGUGGCUAGUGA